AUGAAAGUUUGGGAGAGGGUGGUGGAAGUAAGGGUGAGGAGGACAGUGUCUACAUCCGAUAACCAGUUUGGGUUCAUGCCUGGUCGGUCGACUACGGAAGCUAUCCACCUUAUUAGGAGGUUGGUGGAACAAUACACGAAUAGGAAGAAGGAUUUGCACACAGUGUUUAUUAACAUGGAGAUAGUGUAUGACAAGGUGCCUAGGGAGAUUCUUUGGAGAUUCCUAGAGGCCAAAGAUGUGUCGGUCGCUUGCAUUAGGGCGAUUAAGGACAUGUAUGGUGGAGCUAAGAUUCGGUUUAGGACAGAGCGAGGUGACUAUGAGCAUUUUCCACUUGUUAUGGGGCUACACCAAGAAUAUGCGCUCAGCCCGUUUUUAUUUGCUCUGACCCAAGGCGGCGUUAACAAGAGGCUGGAGGUUUGGAGACAAGCCUUUGAGUCUAAAAUUUUCAAGCUAAGCAGGACUAAGAUAGAAUACCUGGAGUGCAAGUUUAGCGCGGAGUCGAGGGAAGCGGGCGUGGACGUGAGACUUGAAUCAUAG